AUGGGAAGAUUAUCGUAUAUUCGACGCUUUAUCCCAGGUCUUGCUGCCACCAUGAGUGCUUUUACUCCACUGCUCAAGAAAGGCAAGCCGUAUGAAUGGAGUGAGAAGUGCCAAGAAGCUUACAAGAAGGUGCAACAAAUAAUCACCAAGCUGCCCACUAUGAAAGCACCUAUUCCGGGGCUUCAUCUCAAGCUUUAUUUGGCUGCAACAAACACAGCAGUGGGGGCUUUGCUUGCUCAAGAUGAUCAUGACGGGAAGGAAAGUCCCAUUUAUUACGUAAGUAGGCAACUAAGGGGAGCCGAAGUAAGAUAUCCGAAGACUGAACUCUUGUGCCUUGCUCUUGUCUAUGCUGCACAGCGCUUGCGACAUUACUUCCUUGCUCACAAGCUACAUCUCAUGGUGAAGUCCGAUCCCGUAAGAUAUUUGCUUACAAGGCCGGUGUUAUCCGGACGCCUUGCACGUUGGCUGCUACAACUGUCCGAGUUUGAUAUCACCUGCACCACCCCAAAAGCCAUCAAAGGGCAGGCCGUGAUUGACAUGUUGGCUCUAUUUCCCGAAGUUGAAGAAUCAACAAUCUCUAAGGAAGUUCUGGGGGAGCUGCCGGAAAUGGUUGCUGUAGUCACAGAGGCAGAACCAUGGACCCUGUACUUCGAUGGGUCUUCUACAUCGAAGGGUGGAGGGGCAGGUGUGGUGCUUGUCAAUCCCGAGGGGCAAGCCACGGCCCUCUCGUUUAAGCUAAAUUUCCCAUGCACAAAUAAUACGGCAGAGUACGAAGCUUUUAUUGCAGGGAUGUCUACAGCAAGGGAAAUGGGUGUCAAAAGAAUUAAAAUUAUUGGGGAUUCAAACUUGGUGCUGAGUCAAUUACAAGGAAAUUUCGCCGUGAAGGAACCAGCAUUGGCACCAUAUCGUACAGCUGCUGAAAGGCUUGUUCGUUCUUUCAAACAGGUUGUGUUGGAACAUAUCCCGGGAGUCACUAAUAGAUAUGCUGAUGCGUUGGCCACUUUGGGGGUCGAGGCUCUCAUUUAUUGA